AUGUCGGACCUCGACCACUUCAGCAUGCUCCCCAUCCACAUGGACCCCCAGUCCAAAGCCAUCCUCCCCUCCGGCAGCAGACCGUCGCGCGCCCUCGCCGCCGAGCUCGAAAAGCUCAACACCCUCCACCGCGCCAUCCUCAACAUCGAAGUGCCCCCCGGCGCCAUCCCGCUGGUCCCUCCCCCUCCCAUCCCCGUCAACCCAAAGCGCACUGCCAACGUCUCCAAGCUGCGCGACAACGGCAACGCAGAGUACCGCAAGCAAAAGUACGCCGAGGCGAUCAAGCUGUACACGCAAGGGAUCGAGGCGGCGCUGCAGAGGCCGCUGUGGGAGCCGGCCGCGCUAGUGAGGGAGGAGGUGUCGAUGCUGUAUGCGAAUCGCGCGCAGGCGCAUAUGGGCUUGAGCAAUUGGCCUGAGGGCGCGGUGGAUGCGGAGGCGAGUGUUGAGGCGAGACGGGUGGGCAAUGCGAAGGGCUGGUGGAGGAGGGGGCGGUGCUUGACGGAGAUGGGGAGACUGGAUGAGGCGCGGGAGUGGGUGAAGAGGGCGUUGGAGAUGGAGGGCGAGGAGGCGGAUUUGAUGACGCUGUUGAAGGAUAUUGAGGAGAAGAUUGAAAGGGUGCGGGCUGCUUAG